UGGAGCGGAGCAAAGCACAGAUGGAGCAAGCUUGUGAAACUAGAGGCAAAUCUCACGGUUUCUCGUAAAGCAUACACGAAAAUAGAUUAACCGCUCACGUUUGUUGCAAAUUGAAAAGCUGGGGGAAGCAACAAAAUAUUGCAAUGCUGCAUGCACGUUGCGCAAAUCCAAGAUUGUGACCUGCCCUGCCCGUUUACUUCUUGAAAGAUCAAUGAGUAGAGCGAGGUCUAAAAAUGAACUGAACACGAACGAGAUGCUGGGAGUCACCACCGCACUUUGGAAACCCUUGAGACACUGAUUCUUCGGAGUAAAAAUAUUUGAGUGGAAUCUCCAUCCAUGGCCUCUUUGCUGACUGGCUCGAAGGGAACCCCAGUGUCUCCCUCACACGGCAAGGACCUGUUCCUGGGGACUGUUGCUGCUGCCUCUGCUUUCCUGGUCACGGCUGCCAUUGUACUGCUGUGUGUAGGAUGCAAAAAGAAAAGGAAGACAAAGAAGGUCCAGAUUGAUGGGGUGAAACUGGUGGACAUGUCUUUGCUCAGACAAACACAACUCCGGUCCAUCAGCAAAUCUGAUACAAGACUUCACGAGAUGAAGAUGAUACCGUGCAAUGGGAAAAAGAAACAAAAAAAACGGCCGGUCAGCAUGGACCUGCUCCAUCUCCCGAGUCGUCGAUCUGACUGGGAUUUGAGAUGUCCCCAGAACAGGCAGCUCCCCACACUCCCGCUGAGCCCCGGCGAGAACAAAGACCACACGUAUUCAGAGGUGGGGAGGCCCUCGUCUCAGCCCCGCGGCCCUGAAGACGCCCUGUAUGAGAGCGUGGGGGGCAGGAAUGAGACGGGAGCAGCGGCCACCGUGCUGCCCAAGCAUCUGAAGCAGCCUCCCCAGAGCCACGGGAACGGCAGUGUGGCGCUUUCUCCCAGCCAGGAGCCCUGCAGGCAGGCUGAGAACUCUGUGACCGCAGAGUAUGCCUGUGUGCGGAAAGUCAGGAAGGCCGACAAGGCCCAGCAGCAGCAGCAGCUUCAGAACAAUCCCAGGCCAGCAGAGCAGGAAACCCGCUACUCAAACCCAGAGAUGCUCCCUGGCCAACGCAAACAUGAUCCCUCAAGAAUAAACGGCAUGGAUGCUUUCUAUUCACAUUCCUUCCCAAAGGACUCUGGCUUUGUGGGCAAUGGGGAGCAGUAUAUCUGGAAGCCCCCGGAAGAUGGUGACGGAUCGACCCUCUACCCAGGAAAUUCAGGGGUGCAGAACUUCUCCCCUGGGGACCUAACCCUGGGAUCUGCCAAUGCGGAUGAGAUAUCAGACAUGUACUCGAAAGUGUGCAAACCAUUCAAGAAGAGACCUCCCGCCUCCCCUCCAGUAUCAUUCAAUCAGGGAGCCCAGGAGAACAGUCCUCCCCAGAACCAGGGCUGGUCACCAGAACCAGAAGAGGGCACGGGCCAUGACGCCAUCGGAGCCCAAGCGUGGGUCGGAGCCCAGGCAAUGAAACCCAACGAGGAACCCAGCUACGAAGCCAUCAGCAAGAAGGCCUGGGUCAGGAAUGAGGAGACGGACCCAGCUUACGAGUCCAUCGAUGCCAACUGGAAGAGAGAAAAACCCACCGGCCCCCCGGCAGACAAGAAGAUAAAGAACAGGGCACCGCCGAGACCCUGCUCUGAUGAGAACUUGUACGAAAACAUCAGUGACCUAAAACAAGGAGCCACAACAAGCACCACAACUGUCUUCAUGUUUAACGAUGGCAUUGAGAUGUACGUAACUGGACUAUAGUGACCGACCAAAAAAAAACAAAAUGAUAAUCAUCAACUCUCAACACUUGUGUAUCAUUCUCGCACUUCACUUUGUUAAUCACUGUCAACAAAUCUAUUGCGAUGCACAGCCGAGCAGUGAAAGUAAAGUUCCUCACCUGCAUUUACUUGUGGUCAUACGAGUGAAGAGACACAAUAAUGUUAUCAACAGCAGUGGUUUACAUUGGAUUUAGAUUCAUUCUAUCUAUCAGAGAGGCAAAGUUGGGUAAGGGUUGACUAAUGAGUGGGAUCUGUUUUUGAAUACAUUUAUGUCACAUUGUUAUACUUUAGAUGCUGUUUUUGAGAAGGAAGUGUAUUGUAUUAACUGCAUGUUAGGUAUGUAUGUAUUUCACUACACUUUGACUGGUUUGACAAGGUUUCUUAACUUGAAGGUGUAAAAUUCACUCAAAACUGCCCUUACUGGUUAGUCAGCCCCUGCAGUUACCACUGACGUACCUGUAGUCUGACUGUGAAGUGUUUGCAUGACGGGUUAUCCUUCUUAGGUCAGGAUGCAGUUCCAGGAACCUCUGCCACACAUUGUGGGUAGCCUGUGGAUCGAGGGAGGAUUCCAAAUACAACGGCGUAAUGAUUAUGCAGAGGACGAGUGGUUUUUUGAGUUUUCCGUUAUUUGCAAACAAAAUAUUUUUCUAUUUGGCCUAUGAAGCAGUACAAUAAGAAGCAAACCUACAAAAAAAAAAAAGCUCAGGGAAAGAAUAAAAAACGCUGUACAAGGAAGAACUGAUAACAGGAUUAGUUAUGCUUGAAAGAAAGAUGCUGUAUUUUGCAAUGUACUUUUUUGUCCCUUUAGUCAAGGUUACAAAGCACUGUAUUUUUUAGAAGCACAGUUAUACAACAGGCUGAGGCACUGCCAUGCUUGGGUGUAUUGUAUUUUUGGUACCACUCUUAAUGCCAAUUGCUUGCUUAAGCAUGCUGCAUGCACAUACCUUACUGUAUUAUCAUACCACUUGAUGCAAGUGAAGUAUUAGAUUGCAAUUUCAAGAAUACUGCGCUAGGCUGGAUGUAGGCACUUUUAAGAGUUCUCUCUUCCUCCAGUCCACCUAGAUGUUUCAUAUUGCCAGUCAUUUUUAUUUAGUAGUUCUUUAUUUUUUUUUAAUUAUUCGUGAUCACUACAGACCUUGGCUGGGUUUCAAUCACAGACCAAGAGGUGAAAGGCCGUCCCAUCUCUUAAUGCGCUAUAAACACACAGACAAGAACCAGCAUAGAAAACACAAGAAGACUGCCUUUAUCUGAAUCCACACUUGCACAAUGCAGCAUGACACCUCCCUCAAUGUUAUGGUCUGUGUCUUCUUGGAACCCAGAUUGCCAAAUCAACUCUUUGAUUGCCUGAAGUUUUUGGGUGUGUCUGAAAUGCAGUACUCUCUAAAUCACUAGUUCAUGGAUUGUUGAAUUGCAGUAGGACUUCUUCAAGCUUUCAGUUUCUAGGUAAAAGGCAAUGUACGUGUUUUGUUGAAAGUUGGCGGUAUGUAAAUCCUGGACAUUAAUCUUUUUAAGUGUUCAAAUUCUGUUAAAUGUUUUACUUUUUCUUUAUUGCAAAGCAAUGUUUUAACCCUAUUGAAAUAAAUGAGGCAGCGCUGUUGUUGUGUUAAAUGUAAAAAAAUAAGUGAAAUUAAGUGCUUAUGUGGAAAAGAUUGUAUUUUUUUUUUUUAUAUUGAAAAGUAUUUGAAUUCUUUUUAAAAAGAUGCGGAUGCACAGUUUAUACUUUUGUAAUAAAGUAGCACCUUAAAACUGUGAAUAUACCAUAUGUAAAAUGUGUACUUGACUAUAUGGCAUGGUACAAGUAGACACACUGAGAGGUGAUUAACUGAGUGGGAUUUAACUGUUCCCACAAAAGUUUUGCUCCAUAACCAUUUUGAAGACAAUACAAAACAGGCCACUUUCCAAAGCCUUAUACUGAGCAUGCUACACUGAUGAAGGCACUUGCCAAAAUGUUAUAACCAUUUAUAGGAUACAAUCCAGAGUGGUUCCC